AUGAAUUAUUCCUUUGAUUCUGAUGUGCCUACCUGGUCACUCAACGACAAAUCACUCCUCGCACUUCAAAGCUACGUUGAUGGUGAGAACUUGGAGAACAGAAUAUGUGACCAAACAAGUAUUACAUUCAAUUCUGAACCAUUGACAACCGUACAUGACGAGCCGACCUACGUGAACAUUUGCUCCGGGGAGCAGUCCAACAUCACGCAGAUGUCUUCCCACUUCGGCGAUCGGUUCAAAGGUCUGUUCUUGUUCCUACGAGAGACGAACGCACACAAGUCUACAAUCACUUCUCUACAACAAAACGUUGAAGAACUAAUGAACGUUCAAAGUAACUAUGACCUAGCCACUGGGAACAACGAGCAAUUUGGCAGGAAUAUAGCCAUAUUCGCAAAAACGAUCGAUAAUCGACUACGCCAGAUGAGAAGGAUUUCCGAGGAGCAGUUCAACAUAGUCUCGAAUAAGUUGACAAAAUUGGAGAAGAAACAGCGAGGAACAAGAAGCGAUUUCGUGCCUUCGUUUGGAAUGCUCAGAAAACUGAUUCGAAGACUUCUCACCGGGAAAAAACGGGUUGUUGAGUUCAAGACACGAAAAAUGUAA